CACGUAGUUAGUUCCUGUUUAGAUACACAUUACACAGCGAAUUUUUUAUAUUGGCCGGAGAGCUUGAUUAUAUAAAAAUCGUACAAGGGUUUUACCAUCUUGUGUAGUCUGCUUUGCUGUUAGCCAUCUAGUUUAAGAAAUCUCUAAAAGAAUCUCUAAUAAGUAAUACUUCGGUGCAACUACCUGUACUCAGUUGCAGUAAAUUUCGGAAAAUCUAAGAGUUGAUAUAGUUAUCAUAGGUUACCAUCCACGCAGUUAUUGUAAAUACUGUGACAUCAUGGGGUUGACAAUGACUGACUCUGCGCGUACUAUGAAUGGGCCGGGCCAUCGGUUGCGCAAGUCUACAUCACAGUCAAAUGCAAGCGAUGAUAGCACGUUCACUACCAGCAAUGUAAGGGACAGCACGAACAAUAUAUGGAAGCAGAGUAUAUCUCCUAUUGCCAGGGGAACGAAACAGUUAAUGAGUUUAUCGCCUGAGUUAGCUAAACAUAUAAUAGACAAAGCCAGUCCGAACAUCAAAAGUGGGCGCACAAAGCACUUGAAGAAAAAACGCGCGACCUUAGAGAGUGAGCUGUGUGGUGAUGGUAAUGAACACGAGCACGAGGAGGUAGCAGUGAAAAGAAUGGAAUCGGCAGAUGGGAUAAAGACUAGGAUAGCUGCAGACAAUAAUGCACACGCUGAUACUGGUUGUAUCAUAGCAAUCACACAACGUAGUUUUACGACAGACGAAGAAGAGUCUCUCGACGCUUGCGCCUCUCCCGGUUCACCUCGUCUUCCCACGGCUUCUAGACGACCACGGACUUCAAGCAUGCAAACUAAGCACUACCAGUAUAAGAACACUCUCACGAACAUACUUGCAGAGAAGAAGGCCAGUCACAUUACUAUUAACAGUGAAUCCACCACACAAACACAAACACAAAUACAAACGUUCCACCAGCCCUUAGAAUUGUUCGAAGAUACUAAGACUCUGAGUUUAUCUCAAUCAUUAAACGAUGUAGCCCCCAUUUCGUUCAGCGAAACAUCGGAAAUGAAUAAGUUUGAAGGUGGCGUAUCUGAUACCUUCUCGACACAUAGUCACAUGCGAUUACAUGCACAACAACAAAAAGCAUCUGAUAUUGGUAUGGAUCAAGGAGGUGGUCGGCCGUUUGUCACGGAGAGUGUCGACAGUAGUGAGCUCUCAACCUUGUCUCUAGACAGUUUGAACCAGCCCAGAAGGAAGCGCAGUAUAAAAACUCAGGACAAUACGGAGGCAUUGAUAUAUGAGUGCAGCGACGACGAGGAUGAUAGAAACAUGCGUGAGUUAAUCAAGAAUCACAUGGCGGCUAAUGGAUACUCUACUGAGUGCUUGGGUAAUAACUGGGGCAGCGGACAGAGUUCACAGGCUGGGUCCCGGGAGAUGUCACGCACGCCCUCUUUGAAAGUGACGGACGUGGAUGCGGAAAACGUCAUGAAGGCUACCAACCAGCCCGAGCAUAGGAACGAGUCAUUACAUAAGCGUGUCCUUAACAAGCACAUAGAGGAUUUGCAAGUGCACGCAGACGUAUGUGGUAUUGCAGUGUUAGGUAUAGAUACUCGAGGAAGAUCGAACUCAGCGGUCUUCAUAGCCGGCGGUAAGGAUAUGUCCUCCAUGCCUACGAGAAGGAGAGCUGAUUCAGUGGGAGUAAAACGAAGGAAUGCCAGUCACGCCGCGGUCUCUGGCUUCACAAAAAAUAUCAUAGGUGGUCUAACUAGUUCGAAUUUCUGUUUGAACGAGAAUGUGGAACAAGGUGAUGAGAGAAGUGGAUUGUGCGAUAAGGAAGCUGCUUUUAUUUCUGAGAUCAUGGCACAGAAAGGCAUUAGUUUUGACGAAGCUCGCUUCGAAUUGACAAAGCGACGGAUGAGAGAAAAUGGUAUCGACCCUGAAACGGGACUACCGCUGGACGAACGUGCUGUACACAGCUUGAGCGACCAUUCGUUCGAUAAUCUUCACAAACACACAAUAAGUUCCAAUACUGUUGACAAAUCCGAAGACGAGGUUUCGAUAAAAACGAAUAGGCGAGGAAGCAAUACCGGCUCGAUGUACAGAAAAGCUACCAAAAAUUGGACUUCCUGGUGGUCUGCCACUCCGGUUUCUCACGAUGGCCUGGCCUAGAUCUUAAUGGCAGGAAGUGAAGAAAAAGCAGGAAAUAGAAAGUUUAAAAACAAACCGACGAUCGAAAUGAACGAAACCGACGAUCGAAAUGAACAAAAAAGAUAUAGUGAAACCCCUCGAACGAUGCGAACAACGGCUGAGUAAUUUACCAGGAAAAUUUGACGUGGUAUGAGUGCUCAUCACGUUGGUAUGUAGCACAAAAUAAGUCAGCUCCUUACAAGCAAAAUAUUAAGGGCUGCUACUUCCCACAGUCUUGAGGGUAAAAUAUUUUUUACUUAUAACCGGACGCUUUCCACUUUUAAGCAACCCGGUUUAGGCCAUUUGCGCCCAUAAUAUAUGCAGGGAACAAGCAAAGACUUCCACACCCUCUAGCACCUAUUACCUUUCGGCUACACCGCCCCAACUGCUGUGCGAUGGUGCGGCAGUAGAUUUGCAAAGCAAGGUACACAAGAUAAAAGCAAUACAGGCCGGCUUGAUUGUUUCGUUCGUACUAUUUAUUUCGUUUUUUAUAUCAUAAAUAUCACCUUUUUCCCUUCUACAUCUUUGUAGCUGAUCUUUUACAGUCGACUACGUUUGUGCCAGUUCUAGCAUCGCCGAAAAUGCAGCUCAGCUUACUAGCACAGCUAGGAUAAGUGUAGCCUCAGACACUAGUGUGAGUUGCACUGCAUAAGAACAUCAUCAGAGUGCAGCAACCAAUGUCUUGAUGUGUGACAGCAAUAUCGCCUUGGCUAGAUAUAGAUAUAUUGGGGGCUUUCUGAGCGGCGAAGUACGAUUCAACCGCGACUUCAGCCUGUACAUGCACUGCGUGACUACAUUUUGGACAAAUCAUGCGCGACUUCAUUCCACUCCCAUUGUAUACUCUAUCUCACUUUGCUUUUCACUCGCCUCCUGGGGGAACCUCAUCAUUGUCGAAGUCCAAUCGUUCGCUCAACUCUGAUCGAAAUCGUGUUCGGCAUAUCUGCCCGUUUUCAAUGAAUUUGCAGUAAGGCACAUUCCGGCACAUGGAUCGGAAUGGAUAUGUAUCACACAACUCAUUCACCUCCUCGUUAAGAACGUCAGGCUGACAUCCUUGCAAGUUACCAUCGGAACCAAACCACUUACAGUAGUAAGUGCCCCCGAAGGACUCUCCGUACAUUUCCGGUGUCUCGCAUAAUUCCUGGUCGUCGUACUGUUGACAAAUACGCUCCCACUGAUCCGCGGCUAAAGCUACAGCGGCGUCGGGAAUACAACUGUACCCUGUCCAUGAACACUGUAUAUCAUCGUCGCACCACUGCCUAGAACCGUAAUCCUUGCAUCCGGACUGUUGGAUAACAUCCAAGACGCUGGGACUCAGUUCCGUCAAUGGGCCCACACUUUGUCGGCGUUCUCGGAUUCUUAACAUCACCUCUUCUUUAGUAUGGGUAGAGAUACCAUUCACAGCUGUGAAUAGCAUAACAGUCAUUGUAAGAGCCGAGGCUAAUUUUGAAACACUCAUAUUUCUAACUUCUAUUUUUCCAAUUUGUACGUCGAUGAUAAAGCUAUGAAUGUGAUUGUAACUUUUAUACAAACUUUUCUGCUAUUUUUUUGUGCUUCGUAUUUAAAGGUAGCGUAUGAUCUGUAGUCUGUACCCAAUGUAUG